AUGGGAAAUGACACAUAUAAUAUUUGGCUUGAAUAUUCUAAAACACAAAAUUUUUCAAUGUUUAAUAAAUGGAAUAAUUUUUUAAUUACUAAAUUUACAGAUAGAACAAAAAGACCAGUAAUUAUUAUUAAUGCUGAUGAAUUUCAAUUAAAAGAUUAUUCAUUUAAUGAAAAUCAAAUAAAAUUAUUUUAUUUAUAUUUAAUAAAUAAAUUGGAUCAAUAUGUAAAUCAAGAAUAUAUAAUUGUUUAUAUUGAUUCAAAUGAUUCUCUUCCAUUACAAUUAUUUAAAUCUUUAUAUCGAUUAUUUCCUGAAAAAUAUCAUAAUAACUUAUAUUAUAUUUUAUUAUUAAUGCCUGAAACUGUUAAAUUAAAAUUUACUACUUCUUUAUUACCUCUUGAAACUAUUUCAAAAAUUAAAUUAAUAAAAGACAUUUAUGAUUUAUAUGAAGAUAUUCCUGUUGGUGUUAUUCAACUUCCUCAAUGGGCAUUACUUAGUUAUACUUCAAUUCCUCAUCCAAUUUUUGGUAUUUCUUUAAAAGAGGCAAAUAAAAGUAAUAAUAGAGGUCGUUCUGGAAUUCCACUUGUCAUUGAAUUUGGUAUUCAAUAUUUCUCUGCAAAUGUUGAUGCUUUUACAACUGAAGGCAUUUUUAGAAUGAGUGGAAAUAAAGAACGUGUAGAUCAAUAUAUUGAAGCAUUUAAUCAUUGUAGAAUUACUUCAUUUCCAUUGGAUGAAGAUCCACAUAUUGUUACUUCUGUAAUGAAAACAUAUUUACAAUCACUUCCUGAACCACUAUUAACAGCAAAUAUUGGUCAAGAAGUAGUUAAAAUUUUUUCUUCUGUCCCAAAUAAUACUACUACUUCUCAAUUAAAAGAAUUAAUUUUACAAAUUCCAAAUGAAAACAGACAAUUGCUAUUAGCUUUAGUUAAUUUAGCUCAUUUAAUUUCUACUCAACAACAAUUUAAUAAAAUGGACCGAGUUAAUAUGGGUACAAUAUUUGGUCCUUAUAUUUUCUGGAAAGAAUAUUCAAUGAAAUCUAUUUCAGAAGUUAAGUGUGUUAAUGCUUUAUUUACUUACUUAAUUACAAACAUCAGUGAUUUUAUUGAUGUUAUGUUAGAUUGA